AGGUUCCGGAGGGCCCUGCGGGAGAGCCGGCUGUCCUGCCCUUCCCCGCGUCCGGCCCGGCGUCCUCAGUGUCCAGGCUGCUCUCAGCCGGACAUGCUGCCCGACUGCCUAUCGGUGGAGGGCGAGCGGCGCUGCCGGCGGUUGCUGGCGGGGGCCUCAGCCCGUCUUCGUGCGCGGCCCGCGUCGGCCGCGGUGCUAGUGCCGCUCUGCUUAGUGCGCGGGGUCCCGGCGCUGCUCUACACGCUGCGGUCCAGCCGCUUGGCCGGGAGGCACAAGGGGGACGUCAGUUUCCCAGGCGGCAAGUGCGACCCAGCUGAUCAGGACGUGGUGCACACAGCCCUGCGGGAGACCAGGGAGGAGCUGGGCCUGGCAGUGUCUGAGGAGCAGGUGUGGGGCCUGCUGCGACCUGUGUACGACCGGCAAAGAGCCACCGUGGUUCCAGUGCUUGCUGGUGUAGGCUCCCUAGAUCUCCAGAGCCUCAGGCCCAACCCUAAGGAGGUGGAUGAGGUAUUUGUGCUGCCCCUGGCCCACCUGCUGCAGACUCAGAAUCAGGGCUAUACCCACUUCUGCCGAGGUGGCCACUUCAGCUACACACUUCCUGUCUUCCUGCAUGGACCACACCGGGUGUGGGGGCUCACAGCUGUCAUCACUGAGUUCACUCUACAGCUGCUGGCACCUAGUACCUACCAGUCCGUCCUGGUCAUCCCUGAGCUGUCCAGGGGCUGAGGACCUGUCCCUAAGCAGCCCAACUUCUGCCUUCACCUUUGCUGGGCCAGGCCCACUCAAAGACUGAAGAAAGGGCCUUGUGUUCAUUGCAGCAUUAUUCACAGCAAUCAAGAGGGGGAAGCAGCCUGAAUGUCCAUUGAGAGAAAAUGUGGUGCGCACACACAUGGAAUACUAUACAGCAUUUAAAAGGAGAUUCUGUCAUCUGUGACAACCUGGGUAAACAAUGAAGGACAUUAUGCUAAGUGAAAUAAAGCAGGCACAGAAAGA